AUGACGAGAGAGUACGACAAUUGGGAGCGGCUCGUUCGAGCCGCCCUCCGUCGGGAGGAGCUCUGGCGGCUGUGCCACGACCACUCGAGGACUCCUAGCGGCGGCUCCACUUCAACAGCUUCACCCGGCUCAACCUCCCCUGCACCCGAGACUCCACCUGGUCAUCGAGCCCAAUCGCUCUUGAGCGGCCAAACUGGCCAACCCGGCCCGACGAAGGACGACAAGCCCAUGAUGAUGAUGAGGAGAAAGAAAUCAAUCAUCCGUUUGGACCGUUGGAUCUUGACACGUUGGCUUUCGGGCACUUUUACUAGUAGCAAGGUUGCGGAGGAAGUCUCGGACAGGCGCUAA